UUGUUUGUUUGUUUGUUUGUUUGUUUAAACAGGGCUCUACACUGGAGAACAAAACUGAUUGUUUUAUACUUGGCUUUAAAUAAUGCCAUCACCAGAGUUAUUCCACAAAAUCUUGGGACUGAUACUUCUUCUGUUCCCCUGCUACGCUCAAGGAAAACCAGAACAAUUUUUUCCAAUGCCCGGUUUCAGAGCAGAAAACGGGAUAUCUCAAGCUUAUUUACCAGGUUCCCCAUCAGUUACUGGUAAUGAAAUGGAAGAUACCGUCCUUCAAUUAAAAGAUCGGAUUUCAAAACUCGAAGGAGUCCUUCGCUUACAAGGGAAGAUAACAAUAUCUGGACAAAAAAUAUUCGCUACCAAUGGGAAAACAGCUGAUUUCUAUGCUACUGUGAAAAUGUGCCAGGAGGCUGGUGGGUGCAUUGCAUCUCCAAGGAACGCAGAUGAGAACGCUGCCAUUCUGCACUUCGUGAAGCAGUUUAAUAGGUACGCCUACCUGGGAAUAAAGGAAUCUCUAAUCCCAGGCAAAUUCCAAUUCCUGUAUGGUGCUGACCUGAGCUAUACCAACUGGUAUUCACAUGAGCCUUCUGGCAAAGGGGAAGAGGAGUGUGUGGAGAUGUACACUGAUGGCACUUGGAAUGACAAAAAGUGCAAUCAGAAACGCCUUGUUGUCUGCCAGUUUUAG